CGUCUGAAAUCGCGCGAGAUUCCCGGCCGGUUGUCAGGGGGCCGGCGGUAUCCAAGCGCCAUUGCCAAGGACCAGGUCGGCGGGGCACGGUUCCUAAGGGCUGUAGCCCAAGGCCCGGUAUCUAAGGCUUUCUGCCCAAUGCCCGUCGCCCGGGGCUUGUUGCCCAGGUCCCAGCGAUGAGCAGUGUCCGGCCAAGUCCGCCACCCUCCACCCUUGCGCCCUGCCCCCCGAGCACGGCCACUAUGGCUGUGCCCAGUGGCGAAGCCCCUGCUAAUGGUGAGGGAGAGGGAACCCGAGAGACGCCUGAGAGCAGGGAGAGCCCGGGAGAUGAGGAGGAGGAGGAGGAGGACGACGAUGAGGAGGAGGAGGACGACGAUGAGGAGGAGGAGGAGGACGAAGAGGACGAGGAUGAGAGCGGAGAGAGCGAGAGGGUGCCCAGGAAGUGUGUGUACGAGGGGUGCACGGAGACCACCACCCAGGUGGCCAAACCCAGGAAGCCAUGGAUGUGCAAGAAACACCGCAACAAGACAUACAAGGACAAGUACAAGAGGAAGAAGAACGUGCAGGCCAUGUCCGGCACCAACAAGAGCGAUGAUGACACAGAUGAAAGACCCACGUCUGUCACCAAACAGCGCCUGAGCUGCAUGGUCGUGCACCAAGCAAGCCGUAAAGCAAGUCUUCUCGAGCAGGUUUUAAAUCAAAAGAGAUUGUCAUUAUUGAGAAGCCCAGAAGUCAUCCAGUUUCUACAAGAACAGCAAAGAUUGCUGAGUAGCCAAGCCCAUUCUCAACGUCAGCAGUCUCAAGAAGCACCUAUGUGAUGUUUUCUUUGCAAAACUGGUUGGUAAAUCAAAAAACUAAAAAUCAAAAACUAAACGCAAAGAAGGUGGGAAUGAAAUAUGUUCAUCAUUCCUUUUUGCAGUUUUUUGCAUUCCCAGUUUUAACUUCACUAUAACUCUCCAUUAACAUGUUUUUUAAAUAUGAACUAAGAAAUAUAAUGAUCAUGGUUAACUUCUACUUCGUGAAAUACUUGGAGUGUUUGGUUAAAACCUCUGUCUAUGUACAUUUGAAAAAUUCAGCUAAUUUGCAUGUUUUUUUUACCAAUACCAUUUUCCCCUGUGAAUUGUGCUUUUGACAGUGAAAGAUGGUUUUGACAGUGAAAGACAAUUUUAUUUUGCAGGACUUUGUGAUCAAUGCUGAGCAUUUGUAGUUUGGAAGCAGGUGACUGUGUUUAAUAACAAAUGCUCCCUUAACCUUGCCUGGGCAAUGUGCGUCAUUCUACAUGUGAAACAUCUGAGGAAGCUCUGAUUAAGGACUCAAACAAAAACAUAACCAUUGUCUUAAAUCAGAACUUUUUCAUACAAUAAUGAUUCACCCUUUAAAAAAGUUAUGAACCUUGUCGAACCAGGAUGUCGAAGUGAGGCAACAGAGCUCUGCAGUUUAGGUUCUGCAUCUUUAGGAUAUUUAUCCUCUGCUUUCACACAGCAGUUUUUUAAAUAUGGUUAGAUAAGCAAGUAAAAUAUGGAAAUCAAUAUUGAACACACACGCUGUUGCAAAGAAGUUUAUUUCUACCCCAAGUGUCAAGCAUGUUCAUGAGUCAUUGGAGCAGAAUUAGGCUUUUUGGCCCAUCGAACACUCCAACAUUCCAUCAUGGCGGAUCUAUCUUUCCCUCUACCCUAUUCUCCUGCCUUCUCGCCAUGAUCUUUGACCCCGUACUAAUCAAGAACCUGUCAAUGUUCACUUUAAAAAUACCCAAUGACUUGGCCUGCACAGCCAUCUGUGGCACUGAAUUCCAGAUUCACCACCCUCUGAUUAAAGAAAUUCCUUCUUCUUCUUCUUCUUCUUCUUCUUCUUCUUCUUCUUCUUCUUCUUCUUCUUCUUCUUCUUCUUCUUCUUCCACUUCUUCUUCUUUCGUGUGCCGUGCACAGCCUAAAGUUGUUGGACAACUUGUUCUAUUUGAUCUUCCGUUUGUGCACGUCGAGUUGAUUGCAUUAGUCGAAACAUGGCGGACAACAUGAAGGUUGCAAUCUUCCACCCCAAAGAAAUUCCUUCAUGGCAUUGAACUUGUAAUUAGAUGUAGUUCAGAAGGAAGUUUGAAUUUCUGGCUACGUGUAUUUAGCAUUUUACAAUGUAAUCGUCAAUGUUCAAUACUGUUCAGGAAAAAUGACAUUUAUUUAUUUAAAGGUGAAGUCUUUUUUAACCAUAUUUUGUAAAAUAUAGUCUUUCAAUAAAUUGUGGCUUCAUAA